ACUACCAUAAACCCUUCAGAUAUAUCUCUACAAUAAUUAUUUGAGAAGUAGAAACGCACCAUAUUGAAAGUUAGGGCAUUGGAGGCCUGUGGUUAAAAGUUAGAAUGAUUUGUCCUAAACACCCUUAAUGAAUUGUUCUUCUCGAAAUUUCUCCUUCUUCGUAAUUAGGGAUUGCUGAGACUUAUGGAUCAACGCUAUAAAGGUAUUGCCCAUGAUGUUGGCCAGUCAGAGGUAUUGGGCCGCAUUCAUGUUGCUCCUAUCAAGAUUGGAAAUAACUUUUACCCGUGUUCAUUCGUGGUGCUGGACUCACCUAACAUGGAAUUUCUAUUUGGCAUGGAUAUGUUGCGUAAGCAUCAGUGCACUAUAGAUUUGAAUGAAAACGUCAUGACUGUUGGAGGAGAGGCCCCCGUGCCCUUUUUGCAAGAGAAAGACAUCCCUUCCCGAUUUCUGGAUGAAGAACGUGUUCCGAAUGAUGCAUCUAGCUCUGGAGCAACGUGUCUUCCCUUCCAUGAAAUCUCAGUUUCAUUAUUAGUCGACGUCGCAUCUUCUGUUUACAAAGAAGAGCCCUCUGACGACGGUGACGUAAAAUUAUUUGCAGGUGUAAAGGAGGCAUUGUUAGAAGACCCCGAGGACGAGAAGAAGACGAGUGGUGAAGCCGAGGCACGACCUGUGAGUUACUCAUACUCCUUCUUCCAUAUCAUCUGUGCGCUUGCGAGCAUGUAUGGUGCAAUGCUUCUCUCGGAAUGGACUGACUCAUCAAAGAAUGCGACUCUGAUUGAUGUGGGAUGGACCUCGGUCUAGGUCAAGAUAUGCACCGGUUGGGUCACGACCGGACUCUACAUAUGGACACUCAUUGCACCGCUCAUUUUUCCCGAUCACGAGUUCUACUAAAUAGAGGGUAACACG